AUGGCAAUCACCGCCCUAAAGAGUACAUUUAAAAUUUUUUUUGUUUUAGAUAAUAAAAAAAAUACUAUAGUGCGAAUAAACAUGAAGUUGAUAUGGGGUUAAUGCUGCAUAAUAUUUUUUUGUGUAUAUAUCUUUGUAAUAAUGAUGAUAUUAUAUUAGAAAGAUGACAACAUUAGGAAGAAUUAUAAUAUAAAUGUAUAUAUGUUAAAUGAUAAUUCAACUUCUGCUAUUUACGCUUAAUUAAAUUACAUUUAAAUUAAGUUAUUUUUUAUUUUCAGAAGUUUAGGAAAGUUGCAUUAGCUAUGCCUCUGUUGGGAGAAAUUGAAGUUUCAACAAUGAAAGUUGAACCGAUAGAUAAUUUAUAUCUUGCGUUGAUACAGUGCUUUGCAAUUAUAUUAUGCGGCUACAUCGCUGGAAGAUUUGAUGUUAUCACUAAGACAGAAGCAAAUGGCCUAAAUACGUUUGUAGGAACGUUUGCCCUACCUUCUUUAAUUUUUAUGUCACUGGCAAAGCUUGAUUUUAGUCUAGUAAACUGGAAGUUCCUUCUUGCUGUCUUGAUAGCUAAAAGUUUUGUGUUUUUUAUUGUUCUUGGUAUAUCUCUAGUUAUUAAAAGACCAUCAAAUCCAGGUUGCGCUGCACUUUUUGCAAUAUUUACUACGCAAAGUAAUGAUUUUGCUAUUGGAUAUCCAAUGAUUCAAGCACUAUAUGGCCAAACACAUCCCGAAUAUGCUGCUUAUUUAUAUUUAAUGGCACCUAUAUCAUUGGCUAUUCUAAAUCCAAUCGGCUUUGUAUUAUUAGAGAUUGGUAAACGUCGCAAUGAAGACCAUGGAAGUUAUGGAAACAUGGUUUUUUCUAUUAUAAAAGGAAUUGCCCUAAAUCCAAUACUUGUUAUGACCGUUCUCGGUAUUCUUGGUAAUAUUACCUUCAAUCAUCUAGUACCUGCUGUAUUAGCAACUGUACUAGAUAUAUUUGGCAAUGCUUUCUCUGCAAGUGCUCUUUUUUUAUUGGGAUUAAUGAUGGUUGGAAAAGUGCAUAAAUUGAAGGGUACAGCUCUUGUAAUACCAGGUAUAUUGAUAUCAGUGAAAUUGCUGGUACUUCCCUUGGUUAUAAGAGAAUCAAUCAUUCUCUUGAAUGCUGGAGGAAAUACUACAGAUACUCAGGAUCUAAGUACAUAUGGAUUUUUGUAUGGUACUAUUCCCACAGCACCGGCCUUAUUUAUUUUCACUCUCCGAUAUAAUCUAGAAAUUGAUUUGAUCGCAUCAGCAAUGGUCGCUUGUACUUUCUUAUCCGCUCCAUUAAUGUUUGUAUCAGCGAAAUUAAUCGAUGCUGUUUCUACUGGAGUUAGUCCAGAGAACUAUGCACAUCAAUUAAAUGUAUUUUCUUUCGAUGUAAGCAUUGCUUCAGCAACAGUAUGCGUGUGGCUUAUAAUCUGUUUCGUUGGAUUAAGAAGAAAAAAAUAUAAAUGCGUCACUCAUAAAUGUACAUUUUGUAUUGUGAUUGCACAGGUAUAUCCAGUUCAGUUUAAUUACUGUGGGAGUAUAUGCAAGUCGUAUGUGGACUGUAGCAAUAGCUGUUACUUUAUUAUAUUUAAAUUCUCGUUCUAUAGAUUUUGUUCACAAUAUUCAGAAAUGGUUUUAUGCUAUUGGAUGGGGAAUUCCAAUUUUAAUAGUGAUUAUAAUGUGUUGUACUAUGUCUCCAAAGAAAUUUGAUCUUGAAUUCAGAAAUCCAAAUUUCCAAUUUAGUACAGUUCAAGCUGCAAUUUCUACUUUUAUAUUAAUAUUUUGUUUCAUUGUGGGUUGUUUGGUUUUGCAGCAGAGCUACCAGCGUCGAAACAUUCUAGUAUCUUAUUCUAAUUUGACAAAUAAUGUCGAAAAUUUUAAUAACGAUGACGGGGAAAGACGCAUAGUAGAUGUUGAAGAUCUGAUUUCUUCAACUUCUCAUACUUCAAUCAUUGGUUGUGAAUAUGCAGAUGGUUGUCCAGAUGGUAUAUGCAGAGGUAACAAUAACGAGAUUUACGAUUGUGAUUCGUUGUUAGAUAUCGAGAAUGAAAGAAACGAUCCUCAGCUUCUACGACACCUUGUAUUUGUUAUUUUACUUCUAUGUUCCAUGUUUAUUGGCUUAUCGAUAUCAGUUGGAACGCUAUUAAUGGAACAAUUGACUGGAGUUUACGUAGAAUUAGCGUUCUUAGAUGUUGCUCUGAAUUUUGGCCAAUCAUUAAUCGCAUUUGUUAUCUUCGGAUUGGAUGCCGGCCUUGGAAAAUUAGGAUGUUGGCUACAAAAAAUGUGCCGUAAAUGGCGUAUUGGAAAGGAGUUGCAACUUCCUUCUGAAGAUGCAUUAAGCCCAGAAGUGAAGGCUAUUAGGGAUCAAUUUAAUCGUUGCCAUUUGGCUGAAUGUCGUGCUCGUAUAGCUAUAUGUCGUAGACAUUUAUUAAAGGUGUACAAAGGCGUCUUUACCGGUACUGAUUUAGUUAAUUGGUUACUCGAUGCCAAUGUUGCACAAACUAGAGAAGAAGCUAUUCAAUACGGCCGUAGCUUAUUAGAAAGUAGAGUGUUGCAGCAUAUCGACGGGGCUUAUCAUUUUUACGACCAAAAUUUACUUUAUACCUUUAGUAGCUAGUUUCAGUAUUUCGAUUAAAUCUUACAAAAGGAUUAUUUUUGCAAUUUUUGUCAACUGUGUUGUCAAAUAUUAACGUUUUAGAAUUUUGUGAUCUGACAAUCCUAUUUAUUUAAUAUAUUAUAAUUAUCUGUAUAGAUAUAUUAUCCUAUUUAUUUAAUAUAUUAUAAUUAUCUAUAUAGAUACAUUAUCCUAUUUAUUUAAUAUAUUAUAAUUAUCUAUAUAGAUAUAUUAUAAUUAUCUAUACAUAUUAUAAAUAUCAAAAUAAUUUUAUUCAAGACAAUUUUUUUAAUAUCUUUUUUGGUUGAUACGUAAGAUAUUUUUUGUUAUGCUAUUAUGAAAAUAUUAUUUAAAAUCUAUUCUAUAGAAUUGUAA